CGGCUGUUUCACUGUGGUGUUUCUGGUCCCCGGUUCGUCGGGGUUCUCGGAUUCUGCUUCUCCCCUCUGAACUGCUGCCUGGUGAAGAGGAAGCCAUGGCGCUCCGAGUCACCAGGAACACGAAAAUUAAUACUGAAAAUAAGACGAAGAUCAGUAUGGCAGGCGCAAAGCGAGUGCCUUUGGCCGCUGCUGCAGCCUCCAAGACCGGGCUGAGGCCAAGAACAGCUCUUGGAGACAUCGGUAACAAAGUCAGUGAACAACCACAGGCCAAAAUGCCUCUGAAAAAGGAAUCAAAAACUUCAGCUGUUGGGAAAGUUAUUGCUAAAAAACUACCCAAACCUCUGGAAAAAGCAGCUUUGCCUGUGUCAGAGCCAGAGCCAGAACCAGAACCAGUACCAGUACCAGAAUCAGAGCCCGAGCCCAUUAAAGAAGAAAAAGUUUCGCCUGAGCCUAUUUUGGUGGAUACUCCCUCUCCAAGCCCAAUGGAAACAUCUGGAUGUGCCCCUGCAGAAGAAUAUCUGUGUCAGGCUUUCUCUGAUGUAAUUCUUGCAGUAAAUGAUGUUGAUGCAGAAGAUGGAGCUGAUCCAAACCUUUGUAGUGAAUAUGUGAAAGAUAUCUAUUCUUAUCUGAGACAACUUGAGGAAGAGCAAGCAGUCAGACCAAACUACCUACUGGGUCGGGAAGUCACUGGAACCAUGAGAGCCAUCCUAAUUGACUGGCUGGUACAGGUUCAGAUGAAAUUCAGGUUGCUUCAGGAGACCAUGUAUAUGACUGUUGCCAUCAUUGAUCGGUUCAUGCAGAAUAAUUGUGUGCCCAAGAAGAUGUUGCAGCUUGUUGGUGUCACUGCCAUGUUUAUUGCAAGCAAAUAUGAAGAAAUGUAUCCUCCAGAAAUUGGUGACUUUGCCUUUGUGACUGACCAUACUUACACUAAGCACCAGAUCAGACAGAUGGAAAUGAAGAUUCUAAGAGCUUUAAACUUUGGUCUGGGUCGCCCUCUGCCCCUGCACUUCCUUCGGAGAGCAUCCAAGAUUGGAGAGGUUGAUAUUGAGCAGCAUACUUUGGCAAAAUACCUGAUGGAACUGACUAUGUUGGACUACGAUAUGGUGCACUUUCCUCCUUCUCAGAUUGCAGCAGGAGCUUUCUGCUUAGCACUGAAAAUUCUUGAUAAUGGUGAAUGGACACCAACUCUACAGCAUUACCUGUCAUACACUGAAGAAAUCCUUCUUCCUGUUAUGCAGCACCUAGCUAAGAAUCUACUCAUGGUGAAUCGUGGGCUUACAAAGCACAUGACUAUCAAGAACAAGUAUGCCACAUCUAAGCAUGUUAAGAUCAGCACUCUAGCACAGCUGAAUUCUGCAAUAGUUCAAGAUCUAGCCAAGGCUGUGACAAAAGUGUAACUUAUGAAUUUGAGUUAUUGUACUUUAAUAUUUGCAAAUAAAAUUGGCACUAUGUGCUUUCUGUACA